AUGAUCAGGACCCUGCUGCUGUCAGCGCUGGUGGCUGGAGCCCUCAGCUGCGGGCUCCCCACUUACCAGCCACACGUGGGCCGAGUGGUUGGGGGUGAAGAUGCCACACCCAACAGCUGGCCCUGGCAGGUCUCCCUGCAGUACAGCUACUUAGGAAAGUGGUAUCACACCUGUGGAGGCUCCCUGGUGGCCAACAACUGGGUCUUAACAGCCGCACACUGCAUCAGCAACUCCAAGACAUACCGCGUGAUGCUGGGCCGCCAUAGUCUCUCCAAUGAUGAGUUUGGCUCUAAGGCCAUCAAGGUCUCCAAGCUCGUGGUGCAUGAGAAGUGGAACUCCAAUAUGCUGUCCAAUGGGUAUGACAUUGCCCUGGUCAAACUGGCCAACCCAGUUUCCCUGUCCAGCAAGAUCCAGCUGGCCUGCCUCCCACCUGCUGGCACCAUUCUACCCAACAACUACCCUUGCUAUGUCACAGGCUGGGGCCGUCUGCAGACCAAUGGGGCCAGUCCUGACAUCCUGCAGCAGGGCCGGCUGCUGGUGGUGGACUUCGCCACGUGCUCCAGCCCUACCUGGUGGGGCAGCUCUGUGAAGACCAACAUGGUCUGCGCCGGAGGCGAUGGAGUGAUCUCCAGCUGUAAUGGGGACUCUGGCGGACCACUGAAUUGCCAGGCAUCCAACGGCCAGUGGCAGGUGCACGGCAUAGUGAGCUUCGGCUCCACCCUGGGCUGCAACUACCCCCGCAAGCCAUCCGUCUUCACCCGCGUCUCCAACUACAUCAGCUGGAUCAACUCGGUAAGAGCCAGCUGGCCCUGA